GUUGUAAUGGGAUUAAGAUAUAAUUUCCCAAUCUCAGUGUCCCAUGUCUGGGAGAUUUUUACGUAUACCUGAUUGAUUUCACUCGUAAAAUACUGAAGGUUAUUCUAAGGACGUAGAAGUACUCACAUAGGUACACUCAGACUCUAACCAGCGACCAUAUUGCAAGUUGCUUCCUCCCAUCUCUGUCCCAUCCAAGGAGUGAGGACUAGCGGUCAGCUGGAGCGACGCACGCACACACCUAUGACGUCAGACUUCGCGGGCCUAUAAGAGUCACACCUGCAGCGGAGUGACGCUACACGCCACCCAAGGCACCACGCAACGAGAGUGACCCCCUGCCAUCCCCCGAAGGGCAGCUAGCUUCUUCCAGGCGCCGCCUCCUGGACCCUCGCGCACUCUCUGGCCCCUCCCACACCACGGCCGCGGUGUCCUUGUCCUUCGUCACUUCAGUGGGGUCGACAUAACCCUUCCUGGCGCACGUCCCGACGCAUUGGGAGACGGCCGAGCAGCGGUCCUUCGAGCGGGGCAUGCGGGUAGUGCCCUCCAGUAGUCAGGACACUGGACAUUUCUCUCCCAAGGUGACCCGAAUGAUGGCAUCUCCUCGUGGAACCUCCAGCAUCUUUAAAGCGUGCCAGGUAGCGCUGGUGGCAGCGGUGUUGUCCGGCCUCCUGAGCUCGCCCGCCUCCGCCAGGUUCAUCGACGACGAGUGCGUGGGCGCGAUGGGCAACCGGAACAUUUACGAGAAGGUGUCGCGUGUCUGCGACGACUGCAGCAACAUCUUCCGCCUCCCGAACGUGGGCGAGAGCUGUCGGAGAAAUUGCUUCUACAACGAGGACUUCCUGUGGUGCAUCAUGGCCUCGGAGCGGCACGCGGAGGUGGAGCAGUUCAACAGGUGGAUCAGUAUCCUCAAAGCGGGUCGAAAAUAAGGCGCACGUCAAGUAAUUCCCUGCCGUCUGUCCUGCAGCUUAAUACUACGAGUCUCCCUCCUCUUGCUCCUCCUUCGCCUUCUCUCCGCGCCCUUCCCUUCGCCGCCGCCAUCACGGAGUAGGGCGGACGACGCCCACGCAGACAUUCGUCAGUCCGCGACCUUCGACGCCGCCCGCCGCCGGAUGCCGUUAUUGUUUCGAGUGUGAUCGAUGGCAUCCCCGUCCAGCAUCGUCGAGACAAACGCUUGCAGUCUGUUGCUGAGCAAAUUGUCCUCUAAGCUGAUUUUGAUUCGAUUCGACGACGAUCAAUUUUCCUUUAUUUUUUCAAGGGACCACUUUUAGACUUAUCAUUAAUAUCCCAAAGCACAACUUUCACUGUACAGGCACUUUUACUUUUGCUUUCUCAUUACGCUCAUUAUUAUUAUAUAUACAUAUUUUUUUU